AUAUCUCGUCUUCCUGCAGGUCAAGAGAGAUCUCUACCACGGCCGCCUUCUGUGCAAGACAUCAGACGCAGCUCUGCUGGCUGCUUACAUUUUACAAGCUGAAAUCGGUGACUACGACCCAGGCAAACAUCCUGAGGGCUACAGCUCCAAGUUCCAGUUCUUCCCCAAACACUCUGAAAAACUGGAGCGGCGGAUCGCAGAGAUCCACAAGACUGAGCUGAUAGGUCAAAGCCCUGAAACGUCUGAGCUCAACUUCCUCCAGAAAGCCCAGACGUUAGAGACGUACGGAGUGGACCCUCAUCCAUGCAAGGAUGUGUCGGGGAAUCCAGCUUUUCUGGCGUUCACUCCUUUUGGAUUCACUGUGCUGCAGGGAAACAGGAGAAUCCAUUUCCUCACAUGGGAAGAGGUGACCAAACUCAAGUUUGAAGCAAAGACAUUUCAUAUAUAUGCAAAUCAGACUGAGGACAGGAAGAUUAUUCUAACUUACUUUGCACCGACACCAGAGGCCUGUAAGCAUCUGUGGAAGUGUGGAGUCGAGAAUCAGGCCUUCUAUAAGUUGGAGAAAUCAAGUCAAGUCCGCACUGUGUCCAGUAGUAACCUCUUCUUUAAGGGUAGCAGAUUUAGAUACAGCGGACGAGUUGCGAAAGAGGUGAUGGAGCAGAGUGCCAAAAUCAAACGUGAACCUCCGGAAAUCCACAGGGCUGGUCUCGUGCCCAGUAGAAGUUGCCCAUCAAUCACCCACGGGCCUCGCCUCAGCAGCGUACCGCGCACACGUCGGAGAGCUGUGCACAUAUCAAUCAUGGAGGGUCUGGAGUCCCUGCGUGACAGUGCCCACUCCACACCGGUGCGUUCCGUGUCCCACGGGGAAUCCUUGAUACCGCGCUCCCGGAGCCAGGCUGCGGACGCCGGCGACGGGAUGACGGUCAUCUCGGACGAGGCCUACAGCCCCUCGGACAGCGUGCUUCCCACGCCGGUGGCAGAGCACGGCGUGGACCUGGCCGUCUCGCGCCAAAUCAACGGGGCGCCCUGCAGCAUCGAGGAGGAAAGGGAGUCGGAGGCGGGCACCCCGACACAAGGGGAGUGGGGUGGUUUGGGCGCGGACAGCAGGUCUGCAAGGGAAAGUGGAGGCAAGGACUCGGCUCUCAGCGAGGUGGAACAGGUGAAUAAGUUUCUAUUAAGUGUCCUUCGUUUGCUCCUCGUGACCAUCGGACUCCUUUUUGUCCUGCUCCUCCUCCUCAUCAUCCUCACCGAGUCGGACCUUGACAUUGCAUUUUUAAGCGACAUCCGCCAGACGCCUGAAUUCGAGCAGUUCCAUUACGAGUACUUUUGUCCCCUCAGACGGUGGUUUGCCUGCAAGCUCCGCUGGGUGGGCGGGCUGCUCGUUAACGACAACAAGUGAGAGCCCCUUAGCCUCGUUCAGGGGGCGGAGUCAUGAGAGGAUGUUUAAGACUCCUGGAGUGACGAGUGGCAUCAUCGUCCCAACCAUGAACACUUCUUUCAUCCUCCUCGUCCAAAAAAAAAGAAAAGCCUUUUUUUUUUUGGCAUUUUAUAAACUUUCAAGUCAUUUCAGGAUUUCUUUUUUUCAACAAAACACAAAAGAAAAACACAAAAAUAAACAAACAAAAAAAUGGAAGAACUGAGGAAUUUUAACGAGUUGCUUAAUGAGAACAGAAAAUUUAUUUUACUCUAUUUAAUCUUUUUGCAAUGGAUGGACUUUUAUUUAUUUAUUGCUUUUUAAACAUGUUGGAAUAAAAGAAGGAGACGAGUAUUUAAACAGUUAUCAAGGAAGUUGAUUAGUCUGAGUUAAGUUCAGAGUCAGAAGGUUGGAAGGAGUUAAGGUGGCAGGUUGACGUCAUCAAAUAAACAGAACAGUGAAAGGAGAAAGGAAAAGAGAAAAAUGUAAGGUUCAGGAACGAAGAAACAGACCGGGGAAUUACCAAAUGCCUUUUUUGUGAGAAGAAAUUUGUGACUGUUUAACACUUUUUUAUUUAAAACAAUUAAACUUCAGUAAACAGUGUUACACAAGCUCCUCUGAUGAAGAUCAAAGUAGUUUUUUUUAAACAUUUGACAGAAACAGGUAGUGUCAUGUGACCCAUUAGUGUCUGAUGCAAUUAGAGAAGAUAUUCUGGCACCAAUAGAUAAUAGUCUAGAUAGAUGUUCGAUGCUGAUGUGAUUUUUAUUAAUUAAGUACUUUAAAUGUGCUCAGUUCUUCACUUUUCUUUCUCUCAUGAAAUGAAUUAAUUUUUCAUCAGACUGAAAUUCAAUGAAUUUCAAUUAUUUCUUUUUAAGAAGAGUUUGAUCUAUUUUUUUGGUUUCGUUUCAACCUUGCACCUAAGUUUAUGUAUUAUACUAUAAUAGCUAUAACUGCUAGAAUAAGAGUAGUGAUGUACGUUUUGUACGAAACAAGUUUGUUUCCUAUUAUAUAUAUUUACAGGUUUUUUUCCAUGUAUAUUUUACCAGAACUGAAAUGUUAUUUUGUUAUCGAAGAUUUAAAACUAUGUUUUUUAGCGCUGCAUUUCAAGCGAGGUCAGAGGCAUUUAUGGAGACAUGGAAAGGCUUUGAAACAAGCAAACAGGGCUUUUAUCCAGAUUCACUCACCAGUUUUCCCAUCUCCCAUCCCUCUACCAGCAGUCGGUCGGUGUGUGUACAGUUUAUAGUCACUUACAUCAAAUACAGUCAGGAUCUUCAUUUUUAUACUGGCACAAUUAACCCAAAAAUGUAUUUUAACAUUUCAUUAACUUACCAUAUCUUAAUUUACUUGAAGAGAGUAGUGAGGGGCUUUGAACCUGAUUGCGUCAACAGAUUGACAAAUAUAAAACAACUUAAAUCAUAGCUUAAGUCAAUAAGUAUCUUACCUGUUGUAGCUCGUUCUUUGAAGGACGUCAUUUUGGAGAAAUAAGAGUUUAAUUCUGACAGGAUUUGGUGAGCUAAUAGCUAGUGUGACCCACGCCAUGAAUUCAGUGGAAAUUUGCCAUCCUAUAACAACGUCAAUCUUAAAAAAAAUGUCACAACAGUUCAUACGAACUAGAUGCGUUUACGUAUUACGUAAAUAGGAACAUAUUGCGAAAUGUGCAGCACUGUAAUCGGUUAUAAGAGGGAGUUGGGGGGAAGUUGAUUGAACUCUGUUGACAUUUUUGAGACUGGACUUGUUUUAAGACUCCAGCAGGUGACUUUCGAAUUGGUCCUGCUCAGACUAGCAUUUAUCUCCUCAAUUCGGUCGAUUUUAAACUCUAUUUCUCCAAACAAAGRUCUUUCAAAGAAUUGUCUARAACAGGUAAGAUACUAUUUGUUCAUGUUUCCACUGAACCUCACUUAAAAAAAAUCUAAGAUAUCACAUAACUUAGUGUUAAAUUUUGUUUGGCAAUAUGUAAUAAAAAAAAAACACCAAGGCAGAUGUCAUUUGAUUGACUUAAACUAUUUUUGAAAACUGAAUAUCACAUUCUGAAUUAAACAUUACCGCGAUGUAAUUUCAGUUACUAUCAAAUAAGAAUGGCUGCUUUAUAUUUGGGUCGGGAUCUGGACUUUUCUGCCUCUCAGCUACGGGGAGCAAUAAGCAUCAUGGCUGCUGAUUUAUUUUAUUUAUUCUUUUUUGUAUAUUAUUUGCAUCUAGGAUAUAGUUUCUGUCUGUUUAUGUUUAGGAAUGAAAACUGAAUUUGACAAAAUUAGUGGAUCACUAGCAAGAAAAGGGAAGAUAGGCACAGAAGACUACAGGAACAGAAAGUUCAGCUUGUGGACAGAGAGCAUGCUGCGCCUCAUGARUCUAUAGAUUGUACAGUUGCUUUACUUUUCAGUUUGCUCUUGUUCAAACUGAGCCCAUAUUGAAGAAGUUGUAGUUCUGACCACAGAGUAGCAUGAUGUGGCUGGCUCCACGGCUGCUGCUCAUCAUCGUUCAGAAAGCCACUGUUCUCUCCGGUGAAGAGCAGCACGCUGGAACAAACCAUCAAACCAAACGAGCUACACGGGCAGGAAACCCUGUCGUCCAUUCAGGACUGUUUACUUUUCAAUUCAGUAAAAGAAAGCAAAUACAAAAAGCACAUUUUUUCCUAACAACCAGUGAAGCAAGCAUGGGUGGAUUGAUUUUUUUUUAAGCGUGCACUCAUGCAUCAUAUUUAUUUCUUCACAGAGGUCAGCACAACUCAUCAGCUGAGCUUUUUCUUAAAACUGUGUGUGAGGGUGUUUUUCAGCUAUCGAGCAGCACKAUGUAGCUUUAGUGGUCUCUCACACUCAGAACAUGCAAGACUUUUUUUUAAAUAGGAGGCACCAUUAUUCAAGGAGCAAUAAUCAGCUGAUAGAGCAAAAAGAUGUGAUUUACAAACCUGUAUAUUAAGAUAAACCGUCGAGUAAUGUUUGAUCGUUCAUCAUGUUUGUAGAAAAGCUGAAUUGCUGCUGUUCUUACUUUUACAAUGUGACCACUGAGCUAUUGUUGGUUUCUGUAAUAACAUUUUAUAUUUGGAAGAAAAAAAAAAGGAAAAAAAAUCCCAUUUUUUUUAUUUGAGCCCUCUUAUGUGGAUAUUUUUUCUCUUUAGCUUCUGGUUCAUUAAGUGACAUAUUGCUCCUUGUGCCUGCAUCCRAACCUAUAAGUACCAAAGUGGCUAAAAAAAAGAAGAAAUGGAGACAUCAUCCUUUUCUGCAACAAACCUCUACGUCUUUAUAGGAGGUGAAGAUAAAUAAGUGUCUGAAAAUGUUUGUACUGAACACCAGGAAGCCCAAAACCCUUUAGAAUUUUAUUUUCUUGGAAAUGUGCACAUGUACAUUUUUUAAAAUUUGGUCUUUUACAAUUUUGUUUAUGUAGGGAGAUGACAACAGGUUUGUAACAUCUUGCUAUUCAUCAGUGGUUGAAGUGGCAGCCUUCCAAACAUGUAUACACUGGAAGAUUGCUUUUAUUUAAAAAUGAGUAAAGCCUGUGUGGCACAUGUCAAACUCAAGGCCCGGGGGCCAAAUGUGGCCCAGCAUGACAUUUUACGUGGCCCACAAGCGCUUUAAAGAUGUAUUGUCUUAAAAUGAGAGUUUGCUGCUCAAAGCCAGCAUUGACUAUAAACUACAUCUCCCAUAAUGCAUGUUGAUUAUUUGGAUGUUUUGUGUUUAGUCCAAGUUAAACACAAAACAUCAAAGUUAAUUUCAACCCGUGGCCCUCUGUGAAAAUGAGUUUGGCGUGAUGUGAAUYAAGGCUGCUUCAGAAAGAUGUUUAUUUAAAGUUGUAUUUUGCAAUAUGUUUUCUGCUGAACUGUUUUUUUUUUUGCGACCUCCGAAACCUGAAUUAACUUAAACUCAUUAAGAACUGACAACCAAAAUAACCCAAGUGGCUCAUCUGAUUUUUAUGUUAUAUUUAUGCAGGUGUGUGUUGUUGCAUUACAGGGUUGAUAAAAAAAAAUUGCCAUACCUGAAGAUGUCUUAUUCCUUCGUUUUACUCCCGUAAACAAACCUAGUGUUGCACACCUUAAAAUGUGAACAUGCAUCUCCAUGUCUGGUGGUGUGUUUAUGUCUGCCUCGUUUUAUCCUUGAAUUGGAGAUUGCUGUUUAAUUACAUUGCAUAUACAAAUAUAUAUAUUUAUCUAUAAAAGUCCAUGUGCCAAACCCAGUUCUUGUUCAGUCUGAUUCAUUCCAAACCCAUGUUUGUACUGUAGGUAAUCUGUACAAUUCAGUAUCAAAUAUUGUUUCUCCAGUAGUCCCUUGUAACUGGUGCCAUGAAAACAAACUAUUCAAACUUGAAAUAAACUUGAAAUAAAAAGUG